AAAAGGCAAUAUCUUAUCAACCAUGUUGAGUAUAAAACCGAACGUGUCUAAAUUUGUUUAAGUAUCACAUUUGUUCUUUCGAUAGAGUCAGAGCUUCAAGCCAGUUUUUGUUAACGAGAUGAAGCUCUGUGUUGUGUUCGCGUUCGCUGCUGUAGCCGUGGUGGCGGCUAGUGGUGCAGAUGUUAAAUCCGGUAGCAGAUCUAAUCUGAGCGUCGGGUUUAUUGGUCCCCAGGACAGGCUGCUGCGUAGCUCGAGAUUCUCUCGUAUGGCAACCGACCCGUCGUGGCUUCACUUUUAUGGUCUCUUUGCACCCCCCGGCACCCGUAUUAACGCAGUCCGGGCUACGCAAGUGGGAUCACAGUCUCCAACUGUCCAGAUUUCCAGGGGCGGCGUAGGCUUCGAGUUUGUGAGUUUUGAGUUCAGAAACGCACCGGGCCGAGGAUUCACUUAUGACUUGGAAAUUUGGGGACGGUGAGUGCUAAUGAUUUUCAGUGUUUUCUCGUGAGAGCGGUAAGCGUAACACGUAGUACAGUCAGGAACAAAAUGUUUAUUACAUUAUUGAAAUAAAAUUUGGGUAUGAUUUUUUAAAAUGUUAAAUUGUUAAAUAAUUUAAAAACAACAGUUAAGAUUUUUGCAUAAAUCUCAUUAAUGAAUAAAUUUUAUUUUACCAAUCUGUUCUUAUAUUUGAUUUUGUUUCUUGUUCUAAUAUGUUUUUUGUACAAUGUACAAUUUUUGUAAUAAUAAAAAUUAUUAAAACAAUUA